AUGGGCCGCUUCAGACGUCAACUUAGCGGCGCCGCGCUCGCGCUGUGCCUCAUCUCGUGUUUCUCUUACUCUCCUGUCCGUAGUGUGAUCAUCGACCCUUCCCAAGUGCCGGUGCUGCAGGACUGCCAGCAGGCGUGGGGGAGGACGUUCUACGGGUGGGAGGCGGGAGCCAUGUGUGGGCCGUAUGGGCCAUCGCCAUAUGCACAGAACAUCACGUGCAACGCACAAGGCAUGAUCGAUUCAAUGGUGCUGACGUAUAUGGGUAUCAGCGGCCUCCUUCCAGAGUCGUUGGGAAGUCUCUCCAGCCUGACUCAUCUGUACGUGAGCACUAAGGAGUCUGGCCUGGCAUCGGUAAGCUACAUUCAGGAGAACAACUUCUCUGGGCACCUACCUCCUUCCGUGGGAAACCUCACCAAGCUCUUUGGCCUGAACCUAAAUGGCACGUCACUAACAUGCCCGCCAAGCAAUGCGAGCUGUGAGGUUGAGCAGCACCCUGACAGCGCCUUCUGCAAGACAUGCCCCGCUUUCUGCUCCUCCUGUGUCGCAGCACCUCCAGCACCCCCCUCAGCAGCCAGCUCAGCACCCCCAACCCAGCCUGUUGUUCCAGCGCCCCCCUCAGCCUCCGCACCUCCAGCACCGCCCAUCAACCCCGCACCCGUGCCUUCCUCAUCGCAAGGGGCAAUCCCUGCUCGCAGCAAUCCCUGCUCGCAGCAAUCCCUGCUCGCAGCAAUCCCUGCUCGCAGCAAUCCCUGCUCGCAGCAAUCCCUGCUCGCAGCAAUCCCUGCUCGCAGCAAUCCCUGCUCGCAGCAAUCCCUGCUCGCAGCAAUCCCUGCUCGCAGCAAUCCCUGCUCGCAGCAAUCCCUGCUCGCAGCAAUCCCUGCUCGCAGCAAUCCCUGCUCGCAGCAAUCCCUGCUCGCAGCAAUCCCUGCUCGCAGCAAUCCCUGCUCGCAGCAAUCCCUGCUCGCAGCAAUCCCUGCUCGCAGCAAUCCCUGCUCGCAGCAAUCCCUGCUCGCAGCAAUCCCUGCUCGCAGCAAUCCCUGCUCGCAGCAAUCCCUGCUCGCAGCAAUCCCUGCUCGCAGCAAUCCCUGCUCGCAGCAAUCCCUGCUCGCAGCAAUCCCUGCUCGCAGCAAUCCCUGCUCGCAGCAAUCCCUGCUCGCAGCAAUCCCUGCUCGCAGCAAUCCCUGCUCGCAGCAAUCCCUGCUCGCAGCAAUCCCUGCUCGCAGCAAUCCCUGCUCGCAGCAAUCCCUGCUCGCAGCAAUCCCUGCUCGCAGCAAUCCCUGCUCGCAGCAAUCCCUGCUCGCAGCAAUCCCUGCUCGCAGCAAUCCCUGCUCGCAGCAAUCCCUGCUCGCAGCAAUCCCUGCUCGCAGCAAUCCCUGCUCGCAGCAAUCCCUGCUCGCAGCAAUCCCUGCUCGCAGCAAUCCCUGCUCGCAGCAAUCCCUGCUCGCAGCAAUCCCUGCUCGCAGCAAUCCCUGCUCGCAGCAAUCCCUGCUCGCAGCAAUCCCUGCUCGCAGCAAUCCCUGCUCGCAGCAAUCCCUGCUCGCAGCAAUCCCUGCUCGCAGCAAUCCCUGCUUGCCCAAACCUCUCUCACACUCUCUGCGAUCAUUCUUUGGCGUGGUGAUGCUGGCGGUGAUCACGGGGCGCAAGGCAGUGCAAGAGGCAGAGGACGGCCAUAUUAACCUCAAGCAAUGGGUGGAGCCAUUGGUGGCAUCCAUUUCAGUCACAGCCUUCAAAGACCCGCACCUGGACGCCCCGGAUGACAUUGUGCUGCGCCUGGCCCGCCUGGCUCUCUCCUGCACCGCCAUGCCCACGGCCUCGCGCCCCUCCAUGGGCAAGGUGCUGGGAGCGCUGGUGGCGGUGAGGGGGGAGAUGGUGGGCGAGGAGGUGGACAGGGUGGCGUCGCGCAUCGACAGCGAGAUUGACACAUCCAGCGAUCUUGAUUUCAACGCUUCCAUUGCCCGCGCCCACGAGAUUGCCUUGCAGAGCGGCUCCUCUGAUACUGUGUGA